AUGGGAACACGGCCCGACGGCACCCGUGUUCCCAUGGAGAUUGUGCUGAUGGAGAAGGUGGGCUCAGGCUGCCACAGCAUCAUCCAGCUCCUGGACUGGUUCGAGCUGCCUGACAGCUUCGUGCUGGUGCUGGAGCGUCCGGAGCGAUCCCGGGAUCUCCUGGAGCUCCUGCAGGAGCAGGAGUUCCUGAGCGAGGAGGCGGCGCGCUGGCUUUUCUGCCAGGUGCUGGAGGCCGUGCGGCACUGCACCGCCUGCGGCGUCCUGCACCGGGACAUCAAGGCAGAGAACCUCCUCGUGGACCCAGAGAGUGGCGACCUGAAGCUCAUCGACUUCGGUUGCGGCACCUUUCUCCAGGAGCACCUCUUCAGGGAAUAUUUCGGAACACCCAUGUACUGCCCGCCCGAGUGGAUCUGCCUGCGCUGCUACCACGGCCACGCGGCGACCAUCUGGUCCCUGGGCGUGCUGCUCUAUGUCAUGGUCUGCGGCAUCCUCCCCUUCCAGGACGACCAUGACAUCGUGUCGGGGCAGCUCAUCUUCCGGCCGCAGGUCUCUCCAGAGUGCCGGCAUCUGAUCCACUGGUGUUUGGCCAAGCACCCCGUGGACCGGCCGCAGCUGGAGGAGAUCUUGCGCCACCCGUGGGUGUGGGGCGGGUGCCUGUGAUGCCUCGCUGGAGCCUCUGCAGCACCCACUUCUGCCGAGUCCCACGCAGGACUGAGGGCCGGGAAAAUAAACCAGCCACCAACCCACUGCGGGCUGUCAAGUGUGGUCCUUGUUGGCUACUUCAGCUAAAGAAACCUCUUGGCAAAAGGGCAAAUCAGAGCGUUCCCUUCAGCCUUUGUCCAGGUUUUGAUGCCUCCCCCCCAUGGCGGUGGUUUUGUGUCUUCAAGCUCAGGCUGUAGUGCAGGUACGGGGGACUUGAGCAAGGCAAGAACUGCAACAGUGAAGCAGCAGCUGCCCUUUCAAAGUGACACAGCAGCUUGGGGUCACCUGAAGUGACACAAGGAAGGGCCUGUGUGUGCAUUCCAAGGGUCACCAGGUGGCAGGAACAGAGACCUUGCUCCUCUCCAAAGCUCUGAAGAACAAUUAGAAGUGGCAAAAUGUCAUUUCAGGUUGAGCCCUGACAAAAGUCUUCCUCUUUCUUCCCCUGAAACGGGAAGCAGGGCUGGCCCUUUGACCAGCUGGGACUGCAGCGUCGUAAGUCAUAGGCAUGGAGCCCAUGGGAAAUGUUGAGAUGCUGGAG